CUCGACAUAGGAUAAAAUACGCACGCUGGUAUUCGCGCAUUAUCAUCUUCAGAACAUGAAAUCCUCAAUCUUUGCGUCUAUAGUGAGAGACCAGAAGAGGAGGAGGUCGUUUAUAUGCCUGCUUUUUCCUACAGCUUCUCUCUUCUUUCUGCUGCUCUUCACAGGGAGUUCAUUCAUUCAAAUUCGUAAGGAGAAACUUAUCAGAUGGAGAAGGGAGGACGUAGAUUCAUGUGAGAAUAAAUGCAGACCUCCUGGAAGUGAGUCAUUGCCAGAAGGCAUUGUUGCCAAGGAUUCUAACCUGGAAAGGCGCCCGCUCUGGGGUUCUCCAAAGAAAUUAGAGCGUGGCGCAAACCUAUUUGCAGUUGCAGCUGGGAUAAAGCAGAAAGAAAAAGUGGACAAGAUGGUGGAGAAGUUCCUUUCAUAUAAUUUCACAGUAAUGCUUUUCCAUUAUGAUGGCAUUGUUGAUGAAUGGAAGGAUUUUGAAUGGAGCAAUAUUGUGAUACACAUUUCAGCUCUCAACCAAACCAAAUGGUGGUUUUCAAAGAGGUUCUUACAUCCAGAUAUAGUUGCAGCAUACGAAUAUGUUUUUAUAUGGGAUGAAGACCUUGGAGUUGAAAACUUCGACCCCGAAAAUUAUAUCUCCAUUGUGAAAAAUGAAGGGCUUGAGAUUUCACAGCCGGCACUGGAUCCUAGCAAAUCAGAGGUGCAUCAUCAGAUUACAGCGCGAGGAAGGAGAUCAAAGGUGCACAGGAGGACUUAUAAGCUUGGGGACAAGGGCAUUGUGUGCAACAGAAGUAGUAUGGCUCCCCCUUGCACUGGGUUUAUUGAAGUGAUGGCUCCUGUAUUUUCAAAGGCGGCGUGGCGCUGUGUAUGGUAUUUGAUCCAGAAUGAUUUGAUCCAUGCUUGGGGAUUGGACAUGCAACUUGGUCACUGUGCACAGGGAGAUCGAACUGUCAAGAUUGGUGUUGUUGAUGCGGAGUACAUCGUGCAUUAUGGAUUUCCAACUCUAGGAGAACCGUCAGGAAAAAAGGUCAAAGAAUCAUCAGGAGACGAGGCUACGACAACAACCACCACAUCCAACUCAAUUGACUUCAGAGUUGAAGUGAGAAGACAGUCUUAUAAUGAAUACAAGGUGUUCAAGAGGCGAUGGAAAAAGGCUGCUGAGAUGGAUAAGUGCUGGAUAGAUAAGUAUCCGAAUGAUACAUCGAUUGUCAUGAAGUAAAGAACAAAAUAGGUAUUUCAAAGACAUCAUAUAUUUUAUAAAGUAAAGAGCAAAAUAGGCAUUUCAAAGGCAUCGCAUUGAGUAUUAGCAAGCUAUUUAUGUUUAAGAUUCUUAAUCCUUUUCCUAGGAGUAGGAUGAUUAGUAUAAAGGUAGGGGUUUUGGCAUGAAUUAUUGUGGAAAAUAGAAAAUGAGAAAGCAUUUGUUGUGAGUAGCUGUACAAGCCAUUCUAUAGGGUUUUUUGCAUUGUACUGGUCACGUGCAAAUUCUUGAAUAAUCUUCCAAAAAAAAAAUAAAAAAAUUUCACAAGAUAUAAAGAGAGAAGAUGACUAAAUAGCUUCCAUCAUCAUCAUCUUCCCGGCUUGUCCUCUAUGAGCACAUGGGUUGUUUGGACAUUGCCAUCCCAAAGAAAAUGAGAUUAGGUCAAAGAGAUUCCCCAACACUGGUCACCCAACAUUUGUAAUUUGAGAUCUGAUUUGUACCCCCCCCCUCCCAAAAUAAUUUGUCUAUUGCGAAUCAUAAACACAAUCUUGUUGAUACAACAUUGACUUGUAGAUUGUUAAAUGAAGCAUUUGUCUAUGUUCCAACAAGACAACAUGGAUUUAUGUAAUGAAAAUUGAGUUUUGUGUCUC